CCCAACCCCUUGAUGACGCUUUAGCGCGUCGGUCACGAGAACGUAAGUCGUUGCGUUGCUAUCUUGUUAUCUCGCGUAAGAACUUCCGCUGGUCUUCCUUCGUCAGUGUACCCUGACAACAGUCGCAGAGUGGAAUCUGGGUAUUUCCGUGAAGCUUUGAAAACCUGGGUUUUUAAUCUUUGGCAGUGGAUAGAAAUCUCCACUGUGAUACAACGCAGAAGGCAACGGAAUGCAUGUGCAGUAUGAACCAGUCAUCGACGAAGUCUCAGAUGAGCAGUCAGAUGAGGGAGAUAUUUUUUUUAUCACCACUUCACGACUUGAGCGCAGAAGAUGGCCUGUGAUUCUUGGGACAGUGCUUAUAGUGGAUGGAAUUAUAACCUCGUUGCUAGGAACACUUGAAGUGGUCGUUCUGCCCAUCAUUGAGAGCGAUGACAAUUGGGGUGACAUUAAUUUCAACAGAUCCAACUGCUGGGGUGCUGGCAUCAUAGCAGGCAUUGUGAUGGUCUUGGCUGGUAGCACAGCCAUCCGUGCAUCUGUCAGCAAGAGAAGAACAACGAUCUAUAGGUUCUACAACCUUUCAGCCUUCACACUGCUGCUUGACUUAGCUGUCAGUGUUCUGCUUAUUGUUGCCUACGGCAAAGGCUGGACUACUAAAAACAAUUAUCCGCCUGACAGUGCCAUCCAUCAGGUUCACAUGUUUGUGACCAUCUUCACUGUUUUGGGCACAAUGUUUGCUCUGACAACUGUGGUGCAGUAUUACCAGGUGGUGUGCUUUGGGCAUGUGAGACUGUGGGACUGGUGGAAAUCCUGCCUGUGUGGGCUUUGCAUGACAAUGGACCAGUCUCAACCCAAGUUAAGGAGGUCAUUGCAAUCAAAUGGAUCAACAGUACCAGCAAUGCUCAUCUAGACACAGAGUUCUUUUUCUCUCCACUUUUCUUAUCAGAAAAUUUUUGGGUAACACAAACCCCCCAAAAAGUAUUUAUGUUCUCAGGAUGUGGCUUAAGACUGAUGAAGCGAUUGAGCUAUAGCUAUGAAGAUGUUUACAUCUACUGUUGUGAACUGUAUCAAAAGAGUUAAUACUUGCAAAAAAUUAAGAAAGCAAUUUUUCUGCUGCAAUCUGUAACUCAAGUUCUGUGUCGUUGAUGAGAGCCACAAAAAAAAAAAGACAAACAAAAAAGAGUUUUCCGAUGUGAAAUGAUUGUAGGAUUUACUAGGCUUUAAGUUGGGUGGCAAUAAGGGAAGACAUGCCAUUUAAAGUGGGAAAUAUACUCGGCUGUGGAUGUGGAUGUCUGGAGAUGUUUAAGGGAAUGUUUACUUUUUUGUGCAGAGAAAGGUUAUGUAACUGUAUAUAACAUGUACUUGAGUGAAUAUCUAGGAUGCUGUGCUAUUCUUUUUGUAUUUAGGAAUGUUUGGAGUAUUUCAGAUGAGUGGUAUAAAUGUACUGUCAAAGCAAAUGUUCCAGUUGUAUCAUCCUGUAUAACUAUAUAUAUAUAUAGUCAUAUUUUUUUAUUUAUUGCUCUUUCAUAAGAAUAAUAAUUUCAGUUGACCUUUUAUCAUCCAGGACUAUGCACAUAAUGUACAUAUUUUCACCAAUUAAAGCAUUGUUCUCUCGUUCUGUUA